UUUCUCCCCGCAACAGGUCGUCUUCUUCCUCCCUCCCCUCCUGCCCGUCCCCCUCCGGGCCCUCAUUAUUCCCUCUCUCCCCUGCUGGAAGCUCGAGGGAGGCGCGCGGCCUGGUCCACUCCCACCCUUACCACUCCCUCCUCUCCACCCCACCACCAUGGUCUCCCCCUCGCUCGUGCUCACCUGCGGCCACGCUCCCCGGCACUUGCCGUUCCGCAAACCACCACGCCUUGACGUCGCAAGAAUUGCCGCCAUUUCCAGAACCAAUGCCCAUCCUCUUUUCACCUCCCUUUACGGGUCUCCCUUGGGGCGCCGGGGAUGGGCCCAUGUCUGCCGUGACUCCUCCCUACAAGACCCGCCGCCGGGAGUCGAUGCCGCGGAGGAGCGGGAUAAAGAAGAGAUCAAGAAACAAUUAGCUAAGGCCCAGAUUGGAGGAGGCGGCGGCGGCGGCGGUGGUGGGCAGCUGAGCGACUGGAGCACGUCCGUGCUGCUCUUCGGGAUAUAUGCGGGGCUCAUGUAUUAUGUCUUUCAGCUCGCGCCAAACCAGACGCCGUACAGAGACACAUACUUCUUGCAGAAGCUUCUUUAUCUUAAAGGUGACGAUGGCUUCCGAAUGAAUGAUGUUCUUGUGUCUCUGUGGUACAUAAUGGGAAUCUGGCCACUAGUGUACAGCAUGUUGCUUCUUCCUACCGCAAGAAGUUCAAACAGCAAGAUUCCUGUCUGGCCAUUCCUGGUCCUUUCAUGCUUUGGAGGAGCAUAUGCCUUGAUUCCUUACUUCGUUCUAUGGAAACCUCCUCCACCUGCCAUUGAUGAAGAUGAAAUUGGACAAUGGCCAUUAAAAUUUCUUGAAUCAAAAUUAACUGCAGGAGUAACAUUUGCCGUGGGCCUUGGACUGAUUAUAUAUGCAGCCAAAGCUGGAGGUGCUGAUUGGCAGGAAUUUUUUCAGUACGCUAGAGAGAGCAAGUUUAUCCAUGUUACAUCUAUUGAUUUCACUUUGCUCUCGGCCUUCUCACCAUUCUGGGUCUACAAUGAUAUGACAGCAAGGCGAUGGAAAAGUGGUUGGGUUCUGCCUCUGGCACUUAUCCCUUUGCUGGGACCCGCAUUAUAUCUUUUGAUGCGUCCAUCGCUCUCGUCUCUUCUAGGGGCAACCUCCUCAUCAUCUGACAAACCACAAAAUUAACUGGAAAGUAGUUGUGGACAUAUAUUGGUCAUGAGCACAUGAUACAGAUAGGAAGAUCGGUCAAGAACAAAUUCUGGAAAUUUUAUUGUAUCCAUCAACUUGGUCCGGACUAUUCUUCAGAGUUGACACUCCAAUACGCCUUGAAAAUGAAGUCCAGAGAAUGAAGACAUUAAUCAGCACUGCAGUGGUUCAGCAUAUCAAUGCUUCGAAACAAAAAGUUCAGCCAUGAAAGAUUGUAAGGUAAUUAUAUCUGAACGCCUUCCGGAAAAGUUUUAAGGAUGACACCCGUCAGGUAACAGGUAACAUUUGGGUACAAAUGAAUAAGGCUUCCGGUGUGUUAUGCUUGCAAUUCUGUUUAUGUAUAUACAAUUUUGAUCUCUGGGAAUAAUAUAGGCUACACAUUUGUUAUUGCAACCAAAUGAUGUUAAUAUAUAGAAGCCCUUCUGGAA